AGGUAAAUUUUACAUUAAUAGUUCUCGAUUACAAUCGAGAAAGAAGAACAGACGAACAAAGUUGUAAAUAAUCGAUUAUUACAAAAUGGAAGUUGUUAGUAGAAUCAUAUACAGAACGACAGCAGUCUUCUGCCCUUCAUUAUCAAAUUAUUUCCGCCAAUGGAAUAGCACAGCUGCUUCUACAGUGUUCACACGUGAAGGUGACAGUGGAUAUUCGGUUACAAGUUCUGGAGAAAAGAGACCUAAAGAUGACAGAAUAUUCAAUGCAAUUGGUGCAACGGAUGAACUGUCGUCAUAUAUUGGGCUUGCACGAGAAUUUGCCAAAGAUGGAGAACAUGCAUAUACUGACAAACUAAAAAGAAUUCAGUGUAUCCUUGUGGAUAUAAGUGCAUCAAUUUUAAGAUCCUCUAAACCUGAACUGCAGAUUCACCUUUCUACUAGACACACAAAGGAACUGGAAGACUGGAUUGAAGAAUAUUCUCGUCAACUACCACCCCUUGAAAAUUAUGUAAUUCCUGGAGGAGGUAAAGCCUGUACAUCACUGCACGUGGCUCGAACAAUAUGUCGACGAGCUGAAAGAUGUGUAGUGCCGCUUGUAAGGAAUGGGGAAGUUGAUCAAGAAGCGCAGGUAUACCUCAACAGGCUGUCAGAUUUCUUGUUGACGAUAUCAAGAUAUGCAUGCAAGAUUGAUAAGAAAAAUGAAUCUAUCUAUAUACCAAGACCUGAUGUAGAGCUCCUCUCAAAAAGAUAAGAAUUGCUAUUUCUUGUGACAUGUAGCAAAUCUAGUGACUGAUGUAGUAACAACUUCCAUUAUCUUUUUGUGUAUAUAUUAUUUUUUAAGUGACCAAGUUUUAUAGUCAUAGACCAUUUGUUGUAUUUGUUAAAAAUUAUGUAAACAGACAGACAGAUAUUGUCAGUACAUGUACAGUAUUUAUUCACUGUGCAAAAUAAUAUCCAUGUUGCCAAGAACUUAUAUUACAAUUAAUUACUGUUGAAAGUAA